CCUGCUCUCCUGCUCUUUGGUGGCGGGAGUGAGUCCAAACUCGGUAGAGGUAGAAGAAGAAGAAAGAGACAAUCCGCAUCAGCACCACAGAAGAAGAGGCCGGAGAAGUGCGCUGCCUGACUGACCGGAGGAGCCCUGUGUGUAUUUCCUGUCCUCGCUGACCCUGACGAUGGUGUUGAGGGAAGUCCCAGCUGAAAACAUCGCCCGUCCUCUGGGCAGGAAUGAGGUCAUCGGCCUCCUCUUCCGCCUCACCAUAUUUGGUGCUGUCACCUACUUCACCAUCAAGUGGAUGGUGGACGCCAUCGACCCCACCAGGAAGCAGAAGGUGGAGGCUCAGAAACAGGCAGAGAAGUUAAUGCGUCAGAUCGGAGUUAAAAACGUGAAGCUGUCAGAGUACGAGAUGAGCAUCGCAGCUCACCUGGUCGACCCGCUCAGCAUGCAGAUCACCUGGAGAGAUAUCGCAGGUCUGGACGAGGUGAUCACAGAGUUAAAGGAGACGGUGAUCUUACCUGUUCAGAAGAGACACCUGUUCCAGGGAUCCAGACUGCUGCAGCCCCCGAAAGGUGUGUUGCUGUACGGGCCCCCUGGCUGCGGUAAAACUCUGAUUGCCAAGGCAACAGCCAAGGAGGCGGGGUUUCGUUUCAUCAACCUGCAGCCGAGCACGCUGACGGAUAAGUGGUACGGAGAGUCCCAGAAACUGGCUGCUGCUGUGUUCUCAUUGGCUGUUAAACUGCAGCCGUCAAUCAUCUUCAUCGACGAGAUAGACUCGUUCCUGAGGAGUCGCUCCAGCUCGGACCACGAAGCCACGGCCAUGAUGAAAGCCCAGUUCAUGAGUCUGUGGGACGGACUGGACACAGACCACCACUGCCAGGUGAUCAUAAUGGGAGCCACGAACCGUCCUCAGGAUCUGGACUCUGCUAUUCUCAGGAGGAUGCCCACCAGGUUCCACAUCAACCAGCCGAGCGUGAGGCAGCGAGAGCAGAUCCUCAAACUCAUCCUGGAGAACGAGAGCGUGGACUCGUCAGUUGACCUUGUCGAUAUCGCCAAGGAAACAGAUGGUUUCUCAGGAAGUGACCUCAGAGAGAUGUGUCGCGACGCCGCGCUGCUUUGUGUCCGAGACUUCGUCCACUCUCAGAACGACAGCUCGUUGGAGGACGUCAUUCGUCCGAUCCUUCAGUCCGACCUUCAGAAGGCGAUCGGUAAGAUGAAGAAAUCUAAACUGGCGGGUGGACACAGCGCCCUGCUGCACGCCGCUCUGGACUGAACACAAACUCACACUUUGAUCACGUGAUGACCUCAGCUCAGCCUGCAGUCGCAGGUUUGAUUCCCGACCCGUUGAUCAGCUCAGUGCGUACAUACUGACCCUCUGUCUCUUGAUGUGUUUAAACGUGUCCGACGUGCCACUGCUUUUUGGUUUUUGUUUUUAUUUAAACCUUUUUACGGCGGCGCUGAUGAUCCCUGAGAAGCAUCCGAUGACCCAGGAAUGACGAAGCGUUCGUUUCUGUGCCUGAGAGUAAGAACAUACCGAACCGUCGAGAAGCUCGAGUUCCAGGUUUUGACAUGACAAUGACAUGAAUUCAUCGUUACAGCUCGUCUUGCGCUUUGCUGCUGGUUUCCACUGUAAAUAAACUCCGUAGUAAAAUUUCUUUUUAAAAAUGAAAUCAAACUAACGAGUCUCCUCAUCAUUGAACCAGUUACAGGACGGUGUCUCCCAACCUUUCUGUGCUGUGACCACCUUAAAUGGGACGAUGUCUUUUUGCAGCCCCUCGUCUCUGGUUGGAUCCGUCCGUCUGAUGUUAUUCCACGUUUUUCAAAGUGUCUUUUUCUGCUGACGUAAGUCUUCAAAAACACUGCACACAUAUAUCAUUUAUAAUCUUCAUCUGUGGGCAGGUAUACGGUGUCACAGUCACUGCGUAUAAAGUUUGUGGUUUCUCUGUAAUUUUGCUGUUGUCCUUCCCUCCUCGGUCUGAGCCUCUCAGCUCUGAGCCCAUUGGUUCCUCCUGAAGACGUAAAUCUUUAACACACCUGACUGAUCAGCUAUAAUUAGAACCAAAUGAUCAAACCCUGAAACUGCUGUUAGUAAAUAAGUGACUUAUCUAAGUAAAACAGUUCAAUCAUUAAAAUGAGUUUUAAAAAGAGUCAAAUCAUUUUGCAGAUUAAAAUAAAUUAGAUUGUAAUUUAUUUUACCAACUGGAGGAUGAAGCUUCGUUUUAAUUAUUCAACUAAUUAUUAUGUAUUGAUGAUGAUAUUGAUUCAGAUUUUUUGACUGCCCUGCCUUUUCAUAACUUUUCAUUACCUGUUAGUUAGUUUUAGGAUUCCACACCAACUCAUCAUUUUCCAGGAAAUUAUUUGGAAAAUUCUCAAGUUUGUAAUUUCCUAAUAUUCUCCUGGAAAUAGUUCUGUGAUCUGUUAUUAUUUAUUAUUUACUGGAAACUGUUUGUUUAUAGUUUCUUCAGCUUUAUUUAUUAGUCAGUUUAUUGUGAUUACAGUUCAGCAGAACUACUUUGCUUUACAUUGGCUUUUAGAAUGAAUUCAGUGAACAUGUGAUAAGUUUGGAAAUGACUGACCCAUAAAUCUGUUUCUGAAAUCUUUACACAGUCAAAUCAAAAAGCAAAGUGAGUUUGAAGCAGAAAGAGAAUCUAAUCCUGCAGUUUGUUUCAAACUGUGCAACUUUUUCAUGACGAGCACUUUAUCAUUAUUACUCCGACCUUUUUGUUUUUAUUCUGUUUGAAUGUGUGGAAGUGACCGUGGUUUGUUUAGUGUCACUGCAGGAAACAGCGAAUAUUCACAUUUAACCAG